AUGUGUAUGUGCACGAUCGAAGCCAUGAAAGAAAAAUCAAAAAAUGCUGCCCGAAGUCGACGAGAAAAAGAGAAUGCCGAAUUUUAUGAAUUAGCCAAAUUAUUACCAUUACCACAUGCCAUUACAGAUCAAUUAGAUAAAGCAUCAGUGAUUCGAUUAACAACAAGUUAUUUAAAAAUGAGAGCGAUCAUUCCCGAAGGACUUGGAGGUGCUUGGGGAAGCCGAUCUAGUACUCAAACAUAUAUUGAGCAAGAAGUCAAUUCCCAAUUAACACAGAUUCUGGAUGGAUUUUUAUUUGUCGUUGGUCCAGAUGGAAAAAUUAUGUACAUAUCAGAAACGGCAUCCACUCAUUUAGGCCUAUCUCAGGUUGAAUUGACGGGGAACAGUAUUUAUGAAUAUAUCCAUCCAAUUGAUCAUGAAGAAAUGGCAACAGUAUUAACAGCAUCAUUACCAUCAUAUGCUUAUAGUAGUUUUCAAGAAGAAUAUGAAAUGGAACGUUCAUUUUUUCUUCGUAUGAAAUGUGUUUUGGCUAAACGUAAUGCAGGUUUAACAUCAAGUGGUUACAAAGUUAUUCAUUGUAGCGGCUAUCUAAAAGUAAAACAAUUUAGUUUGGAUCUGACAUGUUACGAUAGAUGUUAUCAAAAUGUUGGACUAGUUGCAUAUGGUUAUUCGUUACCGAGUUGUUCAAUUACCGAAAUUAAAUUAUAUUCAAACAUGUUCAUGUUUCGAGCUAGUCAAGAUUUAAAACUAAUGUUUCUCGAUUCCAGAGUUUCAUAUAUAACCGGUUAUGAACCAAAUGAUUUAGUUGACAAAACACUUUAUCAUUAUGUUCAUACAAAUGAUUUAAUGGCACUUCGAUGGGCACACCAGAUUUUGCUUAGCAAAGGACAAGCGACAACAUGCUAUUAUAGAUUCUUAGCGAAAGACGGUGGUUGGAUAUGGUUACAAAGUUACGCAACACUAGUCCAUAACAGUCGAUCAUCUCGACCCAAUUGUAUCGUUAGUGUUAAUCAUGCUCUAAGUGGCAUCGAAGCUAAAUAUUUACAUCUUUCAAUCGAUCAAGUUGAAAAACGUUCUAACGUUGCCUAUCCAUCACCAAUGAAUAGUGGUGUUGAAAAAUUAAAUAAUACAAAUUCAUCUAAUCGAACAUUAAAAAUAAAAUCUCGACCAAAACAACGUAAAUCACCUUAUCAAUCAACAUCGCCAAAUACAUCAUCAACAACCACAGUACCAUUGACGGUAACAACAGGAAUACAACAACUACAUGGUGUCAGUUUAUUGCCAGAUGAUAGAAGCUCAUCCUCAGCCGAUGGUUGCAAUUCGAUUGCCGAUUGUUACAAUGAUGAACUCUUUUUUGCUCCUUCUUCAUCGUCUUAUCCAUAUGCAUUAUAUAAUGCAGCUGCGGUAGCAUUAGAUAAUCGUUUACGAGUUGAAGCUUCUGCUACACCUUAUCUAUACAACUAUACGAAUAACGAUAAAUGUGCGGUGACAGCAGUUCUGACUCCGUCUGAAAAAACUAAAUUGAACUGUUACAAUGAAACUCAAGACAGUUAUGAUACAUCUCAUCGUUUAUGGGUAGAUUCAUCUAACAGCAAUAAUUAUCCUGCAUUUAAUGAUGAAUCAACCGUAAAUCUUGUACCGUCAACACCAAAGUCAUCAACUUCCACAACGCGUAAAAAAUCAAUUAAAAUUAAACAAUCUCCAGAUCAUUAUGAUAUAACAACGUCAACAGCCAGUCGACUUCGAUCAAUUAAUACAUGUAAUUCAGAUGUUGUUUCGCCGUAUUGUACAAAUAAUAAUAAUAAUAAUAAUAAUAACGCGACAGCAAUAUCACCGAAAAAAGUUCAUUUAAAACUAUCCCAACGUGAAUGCACAAAAUCAUCAUCCACUCAACCAUCAUACAUAACAGAAAUACACUAUCAAAAUACAAAUAAUCAUCAUAAAAUAUCUAAACUUAACAGUGAAGUUAACUUAACAACAACGUCAUCUUUAUCAUCUUCUACGUCACCAACUAACGGUGGUCUAUACCAGAAUUGUUAUAAAUUGGAUAAUUCUUAUUCUGAUCAAUUACAAAAUUCAAGGAGGUACCACAAUUAUGAUCAACCGAUUGGUUAUCAUCAUACGUCUGUUAUUGUCGAUAGUCAACAGUAUUUUAUGAAUGGAUAUGGAACAGCGUUUUGA